GUUUUCUUUCAGAUGCUAAAAUGUGUUGGCAGUAGACACCGAAGCUUUGAUUCCGAAUGUUUGUGGUGUUCAUUCCCAGGUGUGCUGUGAGCACUGACUUGGCAGUCGCAAUCGCCAGUUUCAUAUCCAGUCUAACAGACACCAAGAAUGAAGUGGUCGAGAACGGAUUCCUGAUUGAAAGGCAGCAAGAUGCACUGAAAUUGCUUCAAGUGUGCAAGUCAAUCAAAGUCAGUCGAUUCAGAAGUGUGGCUAACGCGGUUGAAGCUAAAAGUUUCUUGAGUCUAUGCGUGGCAAAGUUUCUGUCUCCGAAUGGAGAUUUAAAGUCAGAGUUGGAACUUCGUGAAGCUUUUUUGGUUCCAGGGGAUUCAAAAGCGACUACCGAUGUGAACAAGGAGAAGUCUUUGUUCCACACUCCGAAGCCGUAUGAGUUUAUUGCGCUCAAAAAAGCAAUACUUUUAGAUGAUGUGAAAACAUUUGGCGCUCUUGUUUUGGGGAACCCGCUCUACUUGGUGACCUCAAGCGACACAUGCACAAUUCUACAUGACGGAGCAAGGUACAAUGCCAUGCAUAUGUGUGCACAGAAAAACCGAAAAAUGGUUGCACACAAUCUCAUCAAUGUCAUAUCGAGUUCUGCCUUCUGGGAGCUGCUAUACCCCAACGACAUAGACAGCUCGCGACUGAACAGAAUGAAUUAUAUGCUAGACCUGUAUUUGAAUACUCCGGAUAAGCAUUGCGGAGAAACUGCCCUUCAUUUUGCAGCCAAGUUUGGCUUCCAAGAUAUGCUGGAAUUGAUAUCAUCUCAUCCUAGAACGUCUAGGAAUCCACAAAACAUUAACGGAUUGAAGCCCAGUCAAGUCUGCGGUCUAAGGUGCACUGGAUUUAUUCCGAAGUUCAAUAUAGAUGCUGGACCUUGUUACGUUGGAUGUUAUGUUUCAGCAAGUGAUUUGUCCAUGUUUAAAUUCAAAUUGCUUAGUCCCGAUUUUGAUGAAAAAGCUAAAAGUCACAAUGAUUCGGUGAGGCAAAAGAGAAACGGUUUGAUCGAUUUUGAAACUGAUUUUGAGCUAGAAGCCUAUAUCGGACCUGCGACUGAAGCCAAAUGCAAAGCUAUAAUGACCGACCUACAGAAAAGGAAACGCUCCAUAAUUGUCAACUAUGUAUCAAAAAUGUCGAAGUUUUUGAGCUACAGAAAAAUGAGGUUCGAAAUUUGUCGCGAUGCUAAAGUUCGUCUAAAAGAAAAGUUUUUGGCCUCGGAUAAAUUUCUCAACGUUUCUGAUAAUUUAGUGAAUUUGAUUCAACAAUGCGAGUUGUUUUUACACAGCGAAAACAAGAAAUUCUUUAAUACUUCUAUCUCACAACAGCUUGAACUCUCGUUUUCCAAGCUGCAUUCUAAAUUUGAAGAAUUGAAUUGUUCUGCUGCUGAUUCCUCAUUAGGCUCAUUGACGGCCAGUUUUGCUAAUUUGAAUAUUGAUUCGAGUUUCAAUCAGAGUUUUAACCUAAACGACAGCAUGAUGCCGAGUGUGAAUGGAAGUUGUGCGAGUAUCCUUUCGGAUACUUGCCACGAUGACCUUAGUAGUUUGGAUACGAAGUUUAGAACUUGGAAUGAGCUUGAUGAUUCAAACGAUGAUUUCAAGACACCUCCUGCUUCGCCUGUGGCCAAUUUCGUCGAUGCGAUUGAUACUCCAUUCAUUUCAUUCUGCAAUUGUGAGCCUACAGAGUUCUGGCAACACUCGGAGCUGCUGUCAGUGUUGAAUAACUACCUUAUCAGUCAGUAUUUCGAAUAUGUGAGUGAACACGAUCCCACUCAAACAGAAAGUUACCCUUUAUUGUCAUCCUGGUGUCAAAAACUGAAGAGCGCUUCAUCCGAUAUCCUUGCCGAUAAAAGCACAAAAACUAGCUUGAAUUGCAAAACCUGUAAAUAUUGUGUUCACGAGAAAUUCAAUGUAUUUGCGAGUUUGAGUGAUUUUGAAUUUGACCCUUUUUGUUUAUAUUUGAACUAAAAUU